UCCAGCAGACCAUCCUCACCUAUACCUUUCUCAAGUAACAAUACCCACACAAAAAAAUACUCACACACAGGAAAAAAAAAUCCCCACACAGAUCCAGUGAGUGAGUCGAUAAUGGGAGGGAAGGCGAAGUCCAAGUCCGGUGGUUCGUUCUGGAGCAACCUGUUCAGAGGCGGCCGCCGGUCAUCCUCGUACGGUGACUACGGCGCCGCGGAGGAGUACGGAGGCGGCGGGAGGAGGGUGUGGGCCAGCGACGAGGACAAAGCAGGGAAAUGGGUGGCGGACCCUCGCAUCGACACCAAGGCUUCUGCCUUCAUCGCACACUUCCACGCUUCACGGAUCUCCGAAUCCGAGCACAUGAUCUUCCUCCGCCACUCCGCCGCCAACCCUCCUCCUCCUUCCUAAUAUAUUUUCCUUCCUUCCAUCCGCCGUCGCCGAUGAUCAGUUUUCCACCUACACUUGCAUGCCAUGCUUAUCCCUCCGUCAACAUGCAAACACACAGACAAUAAAAGCCAUAUAGUGGUACUAUUACCUAAUAGUCUUCUAUUGUUUCUCGAUCUCCACUCUUCUUCGAUCCAUUGUUUCAGAUUAAUUUAGUUUAAGCAUCCUCCAAUGUGUUGAUUAGAUUCUUCAUCGUAAUUGUACCUAGUUUAAUUGGCAGCAGCAGCUGCUGUUUGUGAAUAUAUAUUUAUAUAAUCCUUUCCUUUUUUCCUAUGUGUAUUUUCAUAUAUGUCUUUUGGGUUUAUGGUGGUUCAAUAGUGCUGUGAGCAUGAUCACUGUGUUACCCUUGAAAGGGAAUUUCUUGGAAGAUUAUGGAUAAUAUGAUUCAUGAACUGUGAGGAGGGAUUUUGAUAAUGCCAUCUUUUCUAUUAUGAAAAAGCGGUCUGUCCCUGGCCCCUUAUACCAGAGACAAACAGGAUGGAACCCAUCAAAAGAUUUCAUCUUCGAACAUUUUUCCAUGAAUUCAGAAAUCAAAGACUAGCUAGAGAGAUUCAUCGAGUAAUUAAAGCAUGAUAGGGUAAGAUCAUAUUAUUGGAUUAGGGAGACUUGACAUUUACAUAGUCCUCUUCAUCUCUACUUGAACAUGUAGAGAUUAGAUUGGGCGAGAAGGUAAUAACCAUAUGAAAAUAGAAAACCCAUUCUUCACUUUGAUAUAAGCAAUCGAAUUCACAAAUGUGAAGAAGCUGUAUAUCCACUUUCACCCAUGAAGACAUGCAGGCUUUUGUCACAGUUUUUAGAGUUGGUUUCAUUUUGUGUUACUUGUAGUGUGUUGUUUCUUUGUGCAGUUCUUUCGCUUUAUUCUUCCACAUUUUGUAGCUAAGUUUUGUUUCAAACUCAGGUGGUGGCUGUAAUAUCUCGACUCGUUGGUUAAGGUUCAAUUCGAAAAUAAACCCGAAAGAGUUAAAGUAAAGGGUUUGGGUAUGAGAACUUGUAAUAGUCGGAGUCAGAACUGGAUCUUCUCAGCGAGUUAACCGAUCAAAGGAAUGGAAUGGAGAUCUCAAUUGAAGAAUCAGAAGGAGAAAUUAUAGGAGAAGGAAGAUAGAUUGAGAAGAAGAGGGAGAACAGAAGCAGGAGAAGAAGAAGAAGAAGAAGGGAGAAGACAGAGCAGAGGAGAAGAAGCAGAGAUAGGGAAAUUCUUAUUCUAUUAUUCCAUAACUAUUCAUUACAGCAUACCCUUUCUUUUAUAUGUCUUCCUAAUUACAAACUAGUCCCCAAACUAUUUCUUGUUUACCUUUUGAUCUCAUUCGUUACAAUCCUCACUCCUUGAGAACAUCCUUGUCCUCAAGGAUGAAAAUCAAAAAGAAAACAUAACAGUCCAAAACAACUAACUAACUGUGCGAAAUCAACAGAAUGGAUUGCAACCACCAACCCAACAGGGGUAGAGGACGGAAAGGAGUUCCAUCAGAACCUUCAUCAACCGAACAUCACCAACCUUCAAUACAACUCCAAUACAGACCUUGAACACCC